UUUACUGUCUCAGUUCUUUACCUGGACCCCACUCACAUAGAGUUAUACUGAAAAGACGAUGGUGUGGACCAGGGGGUUACUGUUGGCCUCACUGUGUAGUAUCCUGGCCCCAACCUCCUCGUAUAAUGUUCUCUAUGGUUUCACCCCGGCUGAACUGCAAGCCUUCAUUGAUGGAACAGAGGAUGGGUUUACAGUGAAACAAAUAAAUAUAGAUGGAGACCAAUGCCAAUGCAGGGUUUCUGUAUCCAGUAGUAGUAGUUCUAGUAGUUCUUGUAGCUCAAGCAGCUCCAGCAGUUCAAGCAGCUUAAGCAGCUCAAGCAGCUCAAGCAGCUCAAGCAGCCCAAGCAGCUCAAGCAGCUCAAGCAGCUUAAGCAGCUCAAUCAGCUCAAGUAGCUCAAGCAGCUCAAGCAGCUCAAGCAGCUCAAGCAGCUCAAGCAGCUCAAGCAGCUCAAGCAUCUCAAGCAGCUCAAGCAGCUCAAGCAGCUCCAGCAGCUCAUGCAGCUCAUGCAGCUCAAGCAGCUCCAGCAGCUCAAGUAGUUCAAGCAGCUUAAGCAGCUCAAGCAGCUCAAGCAGCUCAAGCAGCCCAAGCAGCUCAAGCAGCUCAAGCAGCUCAAAAAGCUCAAGCAGCUCAAGCAGCUCAAGCAGCUCAAGCAGCUCAAGCAGCUCAAGCAGCUCAAGCAGCUCAUGCAGCUCAAGCAGCUCCAGCAGCUCAAGUAGUUCAAGCAGCUUAAGCAGCUCAAGCAGCUCAAGCAGCUCAAGCAGCCCAAGCAGCUCAAGCAGCUCAAGCAGCUCUAGCAGCUCAAGCAGCUCAAGUAGCGCAAGCAGCUCAGGCAUCUCAAGUAGCUCAAGUAGUCCCACCACUACAGUUGCACCACAAAUAGGUUCUGCUGGAUCUACAGGUUCAUUGUUUGGAAUCAACGCGGAAGGAGGGGAAACUGGACUAGGAACUAAGUCAAGCCCUAAAUAUGUUUGCAGACCAUCAUAUGCUGAAUCCAUUCUCAGCACGUACCUGGAGUUUACCUACAACACAGAAGACAUGGAAAUCUGGUUGAAAUCUCAUCCUCAGUACGGAUUCCUUCCCUACCUAACCAACCAGGAGUGCUAUGUAUCAGUUAGAAUAUUUGAUGCGGGUAUAUCAGGGAGAUCUCUUAAACUUGAAGUUAUUGAUGCUCAGCUUAGAGGAACUUCAUAUCUAUCCAUCAGAGAGAAUAACGAUUUUACAAGUCGGCACACUGGAGAUUUUACAGGACUAACCUACGUCAAGCCCAUUACAGCUGGGAAGGAGUUUAGAGAUAUCAUCGCUCUCAAGUUUGUAAGUGGGCCUGGAGCAGGAGAUCAAGGGAGAGGAUUCCUUAUCAAGAUCUCAGAAUUCCGUUGAGAUGAAAUAUGAAGAACGAAUAUUAUAUUUAUAAAUGAGAAUGUUUAUCAUAUCCUGUAAAUAUUUAUUUUAUUUGUGAUUGCACCUUGUAGCUAUAUACGCUGUCUGGGUAUGGGAAAGUUUAAAAUUGUAUUUUAAAUUUUAAAUUAGCCAGCGUAUAAACCUACAUGUGCAAUAAUAUAUGUUUUAUAUUGUUUGUAACAAAAUACUCGGAUCAGUAACUAUGUAUGUAAAUAUAUUUAUGUUAUCAAAUUGCAA